CUCUCUCUCUCUCUCUCUCUCUCUCUCUCUCUCUGUACCUCUGUUUCUCAGAUCUACUAGCAACCCCUUUUUUCUUUCCUCAUUCUUGUACCCUUCUGUUUGUUCCAUUUCAGUAGAAGCCAUGAGUAAAGAAGAGAUUAUGAAGGUCCAGAAAUGUGUUCUCAAGGUGAAUAUACAUUGUGAUGGAUGUAAGCAGAAAGUGAAGAAAAUCUUGCAGAAAAUUGAUGGCGUUUUUAAAACCGAAAUAGAUGCAGACCAGGGCAAGGUGACGGUUUCAGGUACUGUAGACCCAGCAGUUCUCAUCAAGAAGCUUACAAAAUCAGGAAAACAUGCAGAGCUUUGGGGUGCUCCAAAGGCUAACAACAACAACAACAACAACAACCAGAACCACUUGCCUAAUCAGUUCAAGAACAUGCAAAUUGAGAAUGGCAAAGGUGGGAACGGCAAAGGUCAGAAAGGUGGUAACAACAACCAACCCAAAGGUGGACAGCAAAACCAACAACAACAACAGCAACAGCCACAGCAACAGCAACAGCAACAGCAACAGCAACAGCUCCAGCAACAAGCCCAGCAACAAGUCCAGCGACUCCACCAACUCGUGCAACAAGGAGUACUAAAACCAGAACAAUUUCAGCAGCAGGUUCAGCAGCUUCAGCAGCAGGUGCUGCAGCAUCAGCUUCAACUUAAAAUGAAAGGGUUACCAGAUCAGCAGCCGCAACAAUCGAAGGCAGUGAAGUUUGAUUUGCCUGAGGAUGAUGAUGAACCUGAUGAUUUUGGUGAUGACGAUUAUGAUGAAGACGAUUAUGAUGAGGAGGAUUUUGAGGAUGAGUUGGAUGAUCCGCAUCCCCCACACAAUAAGAUGAAACCUAUGAUGCCUCCUGCUAAUGUGAUGAUGAUGAUGAAUCCACAGCUCAUGAAAGGUGGGAAUGGAGGUGGUGGUGGAAAUGGUGGGGCUAAUGGAGGUAAAAAAGGUGGUGGUGGUGGUGGAGGAGCUGUGCCUAUUCAGGUGAGCGAUGGCAAAAAUGGAAAUGGAGGAAAGAAAGGAGGUGGUGGUGGAAAUAACAAUCAGAAUCAAGGUGGAGGAGGUGGCAAAAAUGGUGGUAAAAAUGGUGGGGGUGGGGGUGGGGCUGGAUUCCCCUUGGAUGCUAAAAAUGGUAACAAUGGCGGUGGGGCAAAUAACAAGAAUGGCCACAAUGGUAAUGGUAAUGGUGGUGGUAAUGGGGGGGCUAAAAAGAAUGGUGGGGUUCAAGCUAUGAACAAUAAUAAUGGGUUGCCAAACAUGGGUGGUCUUCCUCAACAUCAUAAUGCUAUGGCAGGACCUAAUAUGAUGGGGGGUCAUCAGAUGGGUAACAUCCCAAUGGGCCAAAUGGGUAACAUCCAAGCAGUCCAAGGCCUUCCAGCUGCUGCCGUUCAUGGUGGGGGCGGUGGCGGUGGUGGAGCCGGGUACUUCCAUGGUGCUGGCCCUGAGGUGAUGCCUGGGAACCCUUACCACGCACAACAGCAGCAGUACAUGCAGCAACAAUUGCAAGCGGCAGCGAUGAGCCAGAGAGCUGCAAUGGCAGGGGGCAAUGAUAGGCUCAUGUAUGCUAGACCCCCUCCAGCAGUGAAUUACUUACCACCACAUCCACAACAAUACCCAUACCCUUACCCAUACCCAUACCCACACCCACCACCUCAUCAAACAGGUCCAGGUCCAGAGCCAUACAGUGACUUCUUUAGUGAUGAGAACACCUCAAGUUGUAAUGUGAUGUGAAAAGUUGUGUUGGCCUGGAUUUGCUGCUGCUUGCUGCUUUGGGGAUUUUAAUUUGCUAGAGUUUUGUGGUGGUGGUGGUGGUGGAGCUGGCCAAGUUCUUCUAUGCCAUAAUUAUACUUUAAAAUGGGUUUUCAAUUUUUAGUUUAAUUUCUCUCCUUAUUUUUUCCCUUUUAAUUUCCUUUAAUCCUAAGCUGAAUCUAGGUUUUUUAAUUAUCAUAGGGAGUAUUUAUAUAGAUGAUGAUAAUAUAUUUAAAGCUUUUUAGGAGAGAAUGAGAAUGUAAGUGGGAAGGGGGUGGUAGAGGGGCAAUGAGAUGUUUAUAUGUGUUCAUAUGUUGCAAACAAAAAUAAGAUGAAAAGAACAAAAAAAAAAAAAAAUUUUGAGAGAGAUGAAUGG